GAAAGCGGGGAAAAAAAAAAAAAACCAUACGCACAUUUUCCUUCUUUUGAACGGUAAGUGAACCCAAUUCCACACGUCUCUUUCAAGCACUCCCUCUCUCCAACCAUCACAUAAUUCCUCAACAAAGCCUAUCUCUCUUCGGUUCGCCGCAUGGCCUCAUCAAAGCAGCGUGGAUCGACGUCGUUCAGAGACCACUCCUCCGACUCCGAGAAGAUGGAGAGCAGCGGUGGCUGGGACGACGCCCUCGAUUGGCUCAAGCUUGAGCAACCUGUCUCGCGCUCGGUUUCGCAUCAUGCGAAUUACAAGUGUUUACUUGAGGCUGAGCGGGUUAUGGUUGAGGGUCGUGGUGUUGUUCUUGUUAAUACCGAUGAGGCAGGUACCUUGAUAGUGACUAAUUUUCGACUUAUUUUUAUGAGUGAAGGGACUGAAAACAUAAUUGCACUUGGCACAAUUCCAUUGGCAACAAUUGAAAAGUUCAACAAAAUGUUUUUGCUUAGGGGGAAUGCAGAUGAAGAUAAAGUUGGUUUCCUUGGAAGGCAAUUUGGAAGAAAAGAUUGACCAGUUAAUCUUCAAAAUUAGUGAAAUUAAAGUUAACAGAUCUGCUACAGCCCAUUGACUGCCUUCCAUUGCAUUAUGUUUGGGUUGGAUAAUUGUACAUAUGUAGUAAUUUAUUCUUCAGUAAUCAUGCUACUUUUAGUUCCUUAGCACAAAAACUUUUUCCAAUAUGUUGUUUAAAUGUUUUAUGCAGGCCGAUUUAGAUGCUAUUCGUGAAUCAUAUUUAAGGAACCAUAAGCAUACAUUUAAGAUGUUAAAAAAAUGUAUUGAAUGGAAUUUCCUUGCCUUACAAAAUUUGAAGCAUGUUCUGACGAAAUAAACCAGUGUUUAUUCUCUAGGUUAUAAAGAAUCAAUCUGCUCCUCGUCAAUCCGAGAAGACUCCUUCACGCCGACUUCUCCAGGUCAUUGGAAAAGACAUGAGAAUUGUUGUCUUUGGUUUCCGCCCAAGAACAAAACAGAGACGUGUUAUAUUUGAUGCAUUGAUGCGGUGCACGAAGCCUUUAAGACUCUGGGAUCUUUAUGCUUUUACUUGUGGACCUUCAAAAUUCAGUAAUACUAACCCAAAAGUGCGCUUGCUGAAUGAGUACUUUCGUCUUCUUGGAAAAGGCUCCCUUCGUGCAUCAAUGGAAAUGAUAGAACAUGGAUCUUAUGCAUUGUCCAAUGAGUUAUGGAGGAUCAGUACUGUGAAUUGCAACUAUACCAUGUGUCAGAGUUAUCCAUUUGCUCUGAUUGUUCCAAAAUCCAUUAGUGAUGAAGAAGUGCUCCAGGCGUCCAGUUUCCGUGCCAGGUGCCGAUUACCAGUAGUUUCUUGGUGUCAUCCUGGAACUGGGGCAGUCCUUGCACGUUCAUCUCAGCCUUUAGUUGGUCUUAUGAUGAAUAUGCGGAGCAACACAGAUGAAAGGCUUGUUGCAGGACUGUGCACUCAACUUGGCGGUGCAAGGGGGCGAAGAAAGCUAUACAUUGCUGAUGCAAGACCCAGAAAAAAUGCUUUGGCCAAUGGAGCAAUGGGAGGUGGCUCAGAGUCAUCUUCUAAUUAUUUUCAAUCUGAGGUUGUUUUCUUUGGAAUAGACAAUAUUCAUGCAAUGAGAGAGUCUCUUUCUCGGCUUAGAGACUAUGUAGAUACUCACGGCACCACCUCAUCAGAUGGAUUGUCAUCAUUUUUGAGACAUGGUGGUUGGACCUGGGGAGGGGGCAAUCUCAGCAGUAUGUCUGCUUCUGUAUCAACUCUUGGUGACACUGGUUGGCUGAUACAUGUUCAAAGCGUCUUGGCUGGUUCCGCUUGGAUUGCUGCACGUGUGGCUUUGGAAUCAGCAUCGGUACUUGUACAUUGCAGUGAUGGAUGGGAUAGAACUACCCAGUUAAUUUCACUAGCUAAUUUGUUGCUUGACCCAUACUACAGAACAUUCGCUGGGUUUCAGGCACUUAUUGAAAAGGAUUGGCUAGCAUUUGGACAUCCAUUUGCAGAUCGUGUGGGAAUGCCUACUGUAUCUGGAGGUGGCAAUGUGGCUGUUGAAUUAUCUCGGCAGUCUUCUGCUGGAGGGCUUUCAUCAUCACCUUCGCGCCAGGCAUCAGGAUCACUCACAUCCCAAAACCCUAGUUCCUCUCAUGGGCAGAACAACUUUUCUCCCAUAUUUUUGCAGUGGGUUGACUGUGUCUCCCAGUUGUUGCGAAUGUACCCGUUUGCUUUUGAGUUCUCCUCGGCUUUCCUGGUGGAUUUGUUGGACUGUGUCCUUUCAUGCCGUUUUGGGAACUUCUUCUGCAAUAGUGAAAAGGAGAGACAGGAAGUUGGUGUAUCUGAAGCUUGUGGAUGCUUGUGGGCCUAUUUGGCUGAUUUGCGUUCUUCCAGAAGGUCUCACGUGCACUAUAACUUUUUCUAUGAUCCUCAGAAACAUGAUGGUCCAUUGUUGCCUCCUGCAGCAGCUUUGGCACCCACUCUUUGGCCACAAUUCCAUCUUCGAUGGGCUUGUCCCUCAGAAGCCCAAUCUGGGGAGCUUGAAGCUAGAUGUAGGAACAUGUCUAUGAAAUUUUCCGAACUUCAAAAGGCAAAAGAAGUGGCAGAAAGGAAGGCUAAAGAAAUCACAAUUGCGAUGGAGUCAUUAUCUGCAGAAUUACAGACUGAGAAGCAGCUUAGUAGCUCUGCUAUGGCCUUGGCCAACAGAGCUGGCAAGGAAAAUGCAGCAAUAAAGAGAGCCAUCCAGUCAUUGGGAUGCAAGGUUAACUUUGCAAGAAGUGGUGAUAUGACCAAUAUGGAAACAAACCCCUUAGGAACUCAACAGAAACUUGUGCAUUCUUCCUCAAGAGGUCCGUUAUCCGAUGAUAAUCUGCGGCACAAUGACAAGUCAGAUCUCUCUGUUUCGAUUUCGUUUGUGACUGAUGAUGUAGUUUCUGACAAUCCUAUUGGUCAAGUGUGUGAAGGUUUAUGUCCAUUGCGUGCAAGGGAUGGAGGUUGCCGCUGGCCAGAUGCAGGUUGUGCUCAAUUAAGCAGUCAAUUUGUUGGGCUAAAAGCAAACUUCGAUGCUUUUGACAGGCUUUCUAUUUAUGAUAGUUAUUUUGAGACAGAAUGAAGACUGAGGUAAAAAUUUUCCUUGCGCGGCCUCGAGGAAUCAAUUUUUGCCAUUUUAUCAGAUCAGGUUCAUCUUAAAAGAUUAAAGAUAGAUUUUGAAUCCUUAUUGGAAGGAGAAAUUUUAUUACAGAUAUUUAGCGAGAAAAGCAUUAGGCGAACAGCACAUUAAGGUAGACCCUCGUAUUAAAAUGGGUCUCGGGACUGUUCAUACAUAGUAUAUAGAGUUAGCUGUAAAGAAUCUUCUAGAUUUAUUCAUUCCCGGAGAGCAGAAGCUCGAGGUGAUAUAUCGAAGUCUACCGUGGCAAUCUAGUUCUUGAUCCUCCUGUUUAUCAGGUCAGUGUAUUACCAAUCAUUUUUUUCCAUAACAACAUUUGUUUGUGUACAGGUUCCCAGUUUUUGUCGGGGAAACGGUCUAAAUAUAUUUUACUAUACAUGUCUACGAAGCAACAAUUUGUAUUUAAUAAGGUUGAUCAAUUUGUAUUUUAGUAAUGUUCUUGGGUGGGAGUUUUCUUUUGUUGAGGUUUCCUUCAGUAAUGAUGGAAAUAGAAAUUUUGGCUAUGGCUAGGGGGACGUAUACCGUUUUAUUCUUAAUUAUGUAUUAGUAGAAAACUAAAAUGUUGAAUUAUUAAA